UGCUCAUUCUCAAAUUUCUCAUGGUGGAAGAAACAACGGUUAGCGCGUGUGAAAAGCAAAACAAAAAAAUAUAAAUAAUUUAAAAUAUAUGUAAAAACCAAUAAAUAUAUACACAAAUAAAAACCAUUUCGUACGAUUUAAUAUUAACAAACAAACGAAGUGUGUGCGUGCGUGUUUGCUUAAUGUAAAAAUUGCUGUUGCAAAGUUUGAUUUGUUUGUUUUUGUUCAAAAAGGCCAAAGAGAAGAACCACCUCUCUUACUCCCCCACACAAAAUAAUUGAAAAAAUUCGAUGAAAUAACAACAAAUGAAGCAAAAUCAUAGAGGAAAAAAACAAAAAUAAACAAAUUCAAAUGAAUUAUCAGUGGAAUUCAAGUGUAUGGAAAUCAGUUUAAAGGUGUUGUUAUCAAAUUGAAAAAAGCAACAACAACAACAGCAAUAAUAAAACAAGUGCAAAAAUUCAAACAAAAUAUACACAAAACGAAAAACACCCUCUAAAUUUGAAAAGAAAAAAAAAAUAAAAUCAAAAAGAAGAAGCAGCAUUGGCAGUGGUAAAUUCAAGCAAAAGGGGGUUGUUUUUGUGAAAACAAAAAAAUUGUGUGGUGUUGUUUUUUUUUUUGUGUCAGUCUCAAACUAGCCUGCCUGCCUGCCUGUCUGUCAGUCCAUAACGUAAAGUGGAAUAAUUGAGUCAGCCAGCCAGUGGAUACCCAGAGUCUGAUAUCAUCGUCGAAAUUUUUGUGACAGAGUUUGCUCCCCCAUCCGACCACAUUUUGUUUAUUUCCUGGUGAAUACAGUGGGCCAUGCGUGAACUCGGUUCAAAAAUGGCCGAGCUUAAAUUCGAGGCUCCUCUGGCAAAAAUGGAUGAAACCGAUGAUUGGGCCGGUUGCGAUUUCAUUUCCAAUCAGAACACCAUCAAUGACUCAUUGAAUUUGAAUCUCAAGGAUCCAAUGAUUGCCCAGGAGAAUAAAAUCCGUUUGUUGGAGGAGGCCGUUAGGGAUGCACAUGUCAGCAAAAAUGGAGGCUAUCCAACGGCCGCCGUUGGCAAUGGUACAAUAAGUCCCAAUUGCAAUACCAUGCUAAGCAAUGAAAUGACCACAGCAUUGGAUGCGGCCAUGGAUUCCAAGAGUCUGGUGGAUGCCACCGACAAUUUCAGUGAGGCAUUCGGCGGUAGCCUCGAAGAUUUGGUCAAUACAUUCGAUGAGAAAAUCACCAAAUGUUUUGGCAAUUUCGAGGAAAAUGUGGAGGCGCUGGCGCCCGUACAAGUACGCAGUCAGGAUGAGAUCAUGAAUGAAUGCCAAAUGUGGUGGACUAUUACUGGCAAUUUUGGUAAUAUUUUACCCAUUGAUUGGUCCAAAUCAUAUACACGUAAAAUGCAUAUGCCUACCUUGAAUUUAGGUCAGAAUACCAACAACAAACAAGGAGGUUCCUCAGAUGUCCAAACGCCAGCCGAUGAUUUGAACAGUGAAGAUGAAGCCAUUGCCAAUGAUUUGGAUAUGCAUGCCUUGAUUUUGCAUGGCCUCAACAAUGAGCCGGAGGAGCCAAUCAAAAGUGUCGAAGAGGUUAUCAAGGAAAUUGAAUAUAUUAUCGAUGAGGCCGAGAGUCCCACAGAUGAGGCCACCACAUGUGAGUCUGAAGUGAUGGAAAAGGCCAAGGAGGUAUUGGGGGCACCUCUCUAUGCGGAAAAGUUGCAGUAUCUCUCCAUCAACCAGUUAAAUGAGCUAUACAUGGAAAUGGAGGUAUUGAUCCAGGAGCUAAGUGAGACCCUCAUCAAUGAAUUGGCAUUGCGCGAUGAAUUGGAAUUUGAAAAGGAAUUGAAGAAUUCAUUCAUUUCAAUACUGCUGGCAGUACAAAACAAACGUCGCCAAUAUCAUGUGGAAAAGAAGAGGGGUAAAUUCCAGGGUCCCGAGCCGAAAUAUUUGACCACAGUCAUACCCUAUACCAUGGAGAAUGGCACACCAAAUAAUCAAAAUCUACAAGUUUUAAUAAAAAUCUUGAAAGCCAUCAACGAGGAUAGCCCCACGGUGCCCACUCUCUUAACAGAUUACAUUUUGAAGGUCCUUUGCCCCACAUAAAUGAAGAAGAUACCGGCAGGCGGCAAGAAAGCAAACAAAGCAUAUUUCCCCCUUUAAACGGAAUAGCAUUAAUAGAAGCAUAAAACCAGCAACAAAUUAAUCCAAAAAAACACAAGAAACUAGUUUUAAGUUUUUUUUAUUAUUUUUUUAAAUUAAAUUUAUUCCCCAUCUUUUUAAGAAAAAGAAAAGAAAUGCGAUUUUUUUUUUGUCUAGAGAAUAGUAACUAAUUUAAUUAUACAAACAAAAAAAUCAUAAAGAAAAAUAUAUAAAAAAUCAACUUCGAAAAAGAUAAAAGAAAAAAAUUUAUUAUAUUUAAAACUCUGAAGAAAUAAUAAGUAAUCUUAAGAAUAUGAUGUAUAUUGGAAUUGGAGAGGAAGUAAAUUGUGUAAAAAAUACAACUCUGAUGUAAUAUUUCAAAUAAUUCUUCUUAAGAAACCAUUUUCAAAUUUCCACGGUUAUGGAAACAAAUUAAAAAAAGUUUCAAAAAAAAUUGACCCCAAAUUCUGCUACCUUUUUUGUAACAAAUUAAUGUAGAUCCUUGAUUAAGAAAGAAAAGAGUCCAAUAUUUAACUUGCCACGAUUUAUAUUAGCCCAUCUUCCCAGAAAAAGUGGAAUUUUUGCUACAUUUAAAAGUCUCGGAAAUGUCCCAAAUUUGGCAAAUAAAUAUAGUAAUUUCCAAGGCCCAUAACUUCCAUCAUAAUGGCUAUAUCCUAAAUAAUUGAAUUGAUUUUGAAAGAAGAAUGUCAGAGCUAUAAGUCCAUAUACAUUUUUAACUGUAACUUCUCAAGCACCCGAGAUAUCGUAACAAAUGAAAAGUGCCUCGUUUGUUUAAAAGUUUUGUUUAGUCAUUUACCAAAGACCAUAACUCUUAAAGUAAUGGAUUUAUCUAAAUCAAAUUAAAUAUUUGUGAAAGAGAAGUGUCCGAACUUUAUAUCCAUGUAAUUAUUUUUUCUGUAACUGAUCAAAUACCCGAGAUAUCGUCAAAAUCAAAAAGUAUAUCAUUUAUUUCUUUUUAUUUUUUCUUUAGUCAUUUGCCAAAGUUAACAGUUUCUAAAGGAGUGAAUAUAUCUCAAUCAAAUGAAUUUGAUUGUAAAAAAAUGAAGUCUGAACAUUAAAUUCAUAUUAAUUGUUUUGUCGUAACUUCUCAAGUACCCGAGAUAUUGUAAAAAUUGAAAAACAUCUCAUUUGUUUGGGAGUUUUUUCUUUGGGUUUUGCCAAAGGCCAUAAUUCUUAGAGUAAUGGAUAUAUCUAAAUCAAAUGAAAUGUUUGUGAAAGGGAAGUUUCUGAACUUUAAAUCGAUGUAAUGUUUAUCCCUAUAAAUGAUCAAAUACCUGAGAUAUUGAAAAAAAAAAAUUAAAAAAGUGUAUAAUUUUUUCUGAUUUUAUCUUCAGUCAUUUGCCAAAGUCAACAGUUUCUAAAGGAGUGAAUAUAUUUCAAUCUAAUGAAUGAAUUUGAGAAAGAAGAAAGUCUAAACGUUAAAUUCAUAUUAAUUGUUUUUCCGUAACUUCUCAAGUACUCGAGAUAUCGUAAAAUUUGAAAAAUAUUUCAUUUAUUUAAGAGUUUUUUCUUAGUCGUUUGCCAAAGACCAUAACUCUUAAAGUAGUGUAUCUAUCUAAAUCAAAUGAAAUGUUUGUGAAAGGGAAGUUUCUGAACUUUAAAUCGAUGUAAUGUUUAUCCCUAUAAAUGAUCAAAUACCUGAGAUAUCGUAAAAAUUGAAAAAUGUCCCAUUUUUUGAUUUUUUUAAGUUUAUAUAAGUCAUUUUCCAGUGACCAUAAAUUAAAAUUUAAUGCAUAUAUCUUAAGCAAAUGAGUUUGAUUGUAAAAGAAUGAAGUCAGCACUAUUAGUCCACAUAGAUUUUCUUGCUAUACAUUCUCAAGUUACAGAGAUAUGGUAAAAAUCGAAAAAUAUCAAUAAAGAGUUUUUGCUAAGACAUUUGUGGAGGUCAUAACUUUUGAAGAAAUGGAUUUAUCUCAAUCAAGUAAAUUGCUUGUGAAAGUAUAGUGUCUAAACUUUAAAUGUGUAUAAAGUUAUUGUACUGUAGCUGAUGAAAUAUCCAAGAAAUCUAAAAAAUAGAGAAUAUUAUUUUUUUUACUUAAAAAGUUUGUUCUAAGUCAUUUGAAAAAGGCCAAAACUUUUUAAGUGAUGGUUUUAACUCGGGCAAAUGAAUUGAUUUUGAAAUAAAAAAGUUCGAACUUGUAAGCUAUAGAAAAUUGUGUAUUGUAGCGGAUUCAACAUCCAAAAUAUCAUAAAAAAUGAGAAGGUAUCCAUUUUUUCAAUUAUUAGGAUAUUUUCCAUGUAUUUUUCUAAGGACACAAUUUUGGAAUUGGAUGGAUGGAUUGUAUUUAAACCAAAAUAAUUAAUUAAGCUUAGAAGAAUGUCUAAACUUCAAAACCAACGUUAUAUUUUUGCUAAAACUAAUCAAAUAUCCGAAAUGUCUAAUAAUUUAGAAAGUCCCAACAGCUCUUUAGAAACAAUUGCCGUUUCAUAGAUCCAGUACUCCUAAAGUACUGGAAACAUCCUAAAAAAAAUUGAUUCUAGAAGCAAAAAGUAUAUUCUUUAAGUCUACGUACACAAUCUUGUUGUAACUUGUAAAAUAUUAGAGAUAUGGGUAAAGUUGAAAAUUACUUUUAUCACAAUGUACAACAUAAUUUGCCAAUAAAUUCUCCAAGGACAUAACUUCUAAAGAGUUAGAUGUAAGCUAAUUAAAUAAAUUGGCUUUGAAAGAAGAAUUUCCCUAGUAAAAUUCUAGAGAUAUGGGAAAAAUUGGAAAUGACUAUUUUUACAAUUUAAACAAAACGCUUUUUCAGUGAUCAUAUCUUCAGAAAUAAUUAGGGUAUUCAAAUGAAAUGAAUUAAUUUGGAAGAAGAAAGGCCAAAGAUAUUUUUGUGGGAACUGUUAAAAUUCCGUCAUGUCAUGUAAGAAGUUUUUUGAACCCUCCAUGGUCCUAUGGGUUAGGUUACUGUACGAAUUGAAAAUAAAUAAAAAAAGGAAAGUUAAAAAUGACCUAGAAAUUUCCCAUAGCAAUUUGUCAGUUAUCACAGCCUCUGAAGUGUUGGAUGUAUUCUAAUGUAAUGAACUGUUUUUGAAAGAAGAAUGUCCGAGCUUUAUUUCUUGAAAAUAGUUUUGCUCCAUCUGACUAAAUUUCAGAGAUAUGGGAAGAAUCGAAAAACACAUUUUUCACAAUUUGAGAAUUUUUCAUAGUGUACUUUAAGGGUCAUAUGUUCAGAAGAAAUAAGAAUGUAGGAAUUUGAAAUCCCCAAAAUGUUCUUGCUCUAAGUGGUAAUAUAUCAGAGAUAUCGGAAAAAUUAUUAAUUACUUAUUAUUAAUAUUUCGAAUUAAACAAAACUAAAUUAAAUGGCUCUCCAUCGAAUUAAAAUCAUUCUUUUAAUCAAGCAAAGGUCUAUGGAAGACAUUUUUAUUAAAAUUUUUAAAUGUUUAUUUAUAUUUUUAUUACCUUUCCUAUCCAAUUCCAAUAUCCAUCAUACUCUUAUCUGGAAACCAAAAGAAAAUUAGAACAAAUUUUUUCAAAAGAAAUAAAUAAAAGACAAUUGUAAUUCUAAACCAAAAGAAAUGGAUGCUUAAACACAUUUGGAAAAAUAAUAAUUUUUUUAGAUAAAUAUUUAUUAUCUUAAAUCUCCGAAACUUUUCUUAAGAAAAAUAAUAAAAAAAAAACUCAUCAAAUACAGUUUUCAAAGUCUAGGAGUAAACAAGAACAAAUAAGUAUUUUAUACUGCCCUCUUUCUCUCUUUUCUAAAUUAAAAAAAAAAGAAAUAAAUGAAAAUGAAAGAUAAAAAAAAUAUUCAGAAAAAAGCAUUCAUGAAAACCAACUGGAAUUUGUUCUAAACAAAUAAUAACGAUAACCAUAAUUAACAAAAAUAAUGAAAAAGAAGAAAUUUUGAAACAACAACAUUUAUACUUAGGAUGGAAGGUAAUCAAAGGGAUUGUUGUUGAAAAUGUCUCUCAAUUAUUAAUGCUUUUGAAAACACUUUUAACCUUAACCUUUCAAAACAUAUAAAAAAAUCUCAAAUAAAUACAAGUAAGGCAUUCCGUAUGCUUCCUUAACAUCUUCUUUAAACAAAAAUCUUAAGCUCCUUCUUCAAUUUUUUUUUAAGAAAAUGGGUAGGAGCUUCGUUUUUUUUUUUCAAAUCUAAAAAUGUCUCAAUUAUUAAUACUUUUGAAAAUAUGUUUAAUCUUAACCUUUUAAAACAUAUAAAAAAAGUUCUUCAAGUGUUCUAAAAUUGUGAAAUAGAUGCAUGUAAGGGACUCCGAAUGCUUCCUAAAAAUUUUCUUUAAAAAAAUCUUCAGCUCCUUCUUUAAAAUUGUUUUUAAGAAACUGGCUUCGAUUUAUUUAAAAAAAUUCAAAUCCACAUAUGGAGCUUUUAAAAUAGGGAUUUGAAAAAAUCUAAAAAAGAAAGAUUUUUGUUUAAAAAUCUAAAAUAGUUAGAAAACAAGGCAUUUGCUCUAUGUAACACCUAUUUUGACCUUCCAACCUAACAUCAGUUUUUUUUUUUUUUUUUUGAACAGAAACCCAUUAUAAAUUUCAAAUACUCAGCCUAAUAAAAAAAUAAAUAUUUAUUCUAAUAUACACAAAAAAAAUCUUAAUUAUUUUGAAGCUUAAUUAAAACUGAGUGUGCAAAAAUGCUUUUUUUAUUAACAAAAAAAAAUAAAUAAAAAUAUAAUUAAUAUAAUAAUUGUUGAUAAAUAUUUAUAUACAAAAACAAAAAAAAAAAACGAAACAAAACAAAUCACAAAAAAUUGAUAUAAUAAACGAAUUUGCAUUUCUGGUUUCCAAGCUUCUUAAAACAAUUAUUUUGCAAUAUUUAUUUUUUGUAAUUUUAUCAAAUUUUUUUUGUUGUUGUAUAAAAAUUAUAUUUUUCUUUUUUAUUUUCCAUUGUAAAAAGUUGUUUUUAUUUGUUUUUUGCAAUCUUUGUAAAAUUGUGUGUUGAUGUAUAUUUUUUUUUAAUUUAAUUAUAGGUAUAAGCUUUAAAUGAAUAAACAUAAAAACAAAAGAUGUUCUACUUGAUAUUAUCAUUAUUUAUAUAACAAUCUAAAAAAUUAAAAAAAAAAUAUAUAUAUAUUUUCAAAAUAAAAAAAAUUAUUUUUAAAAAUUAAAAAAUUAUUUUUCAAAAUAAAAAAAAAUAUUUUUAAAAAUAAAUAAAUAAAAUAUUUUUAAAAAUUUUCUUCUUACAAAAAGUGCUUUAUCUGUCUGCUAUAUAAAAAAAUAUUUUAAUGCAAUUUAUUUUAAUUUUUUCUUGUUUAUAUUUAUAUUUUUUUAAUUAUUCAUUAUAAGUUGUAUAGUAUAUAUUUAUAAAAAAAAACAAUAGUUGCCAUAUGCUAUAUAUAAAAACAUGAAACCAAUAAUUAUUUUCAAAUAAAUACAUGUGUACAUUAAAUUUGCAUUUUUUUUUUCAAACAAAAAAAUCUCCAAAACAAAAAAUAAUUUGAUUCGUUCUUUAAAAAAAAUCGCACCAAAAAAAAAAUUUACAUCUAUUUUUUUAAAUCCAGUCCAAGUUUGGGACAUUUUUUGGGACUCGCCAAAAAAUAAAAUCUGCAUCUAUUUUUCUACAAAAAGUUCAAGUUUGAGACUGUUUUUCUGAAAUUCAAAUUAUUGUUGAAGAAA